AUUUAUAUGACUAUCAUCAAACACAGUCUUGUUUAGUUACUAAUCUGAAACAGAGAGAGUGAGAGAAAAGUAGGAAGAAGAAAAUGAACAGAAAACACGAGAUUGCAAAUUUUUUAAAUAAAAUUGUGAAUUAAAAAAAUAAAAAAAAAAAAUAUUAAGAAAAUAACAAAAAUCGGUUUUUGUUUAGACAAAAUAAUAAUAAUAAAUAAAACAUAUUUAGUAAUUAAUUAACAAGAUUAAAAAUGUGAUUGACAUUUAAGUGUGUGUGUAAAAAAUGGCUUUGAAAGUCAUAAUAGAAAAAAAUUCUAAAGUUAAAAUAGAAAAAAGUUAAAUAUUUGUAAAGUUAUGUAUAUAAAAACAGUUAGUGUUAUGUGUUUAAGUUAAAAUUUUUUAAAAUAAUUUAUCAAAAUGCGUAAAACACCAAAAUUGGCUCAAGUAGGCCGUGCCUAUUCCGAAAUGUCACCUCUAAAUCCAGCCUCAACAUCAGCUGCUGCUGCUGCAGCCGCUAAUAAUAAUUCUUCACCUACAGCACAGGGACAUCGUGGUUCUAUUUCAGGUUAUGGUAGUCUAUUUCCAUUUGGUUUUCUACGUAAUUCAUUUUCAAAACCCGGCAGUUCUUUGCAGAACCUCAAUCGUUUUGGAGAUUCUAUGGGUUCGUUGGGACAUCGUGCACUUCUACAAUAUGUGGAUACAAACGAUUUAUCCGGUCUCCGUGCUAUCUUAGAUAGUCGUCAUUUAUCUGUUGAUGAUCGUGAUGAAAAUGGCACCACCGUACUCAUGGUUGUGGCAGCUCGUGGUCUAACACCUUUUGUGCGUGAAUUUUUGGCACGUGGCGCUGAUAUUCAAGCCGAAGAUAAUGAUAAUUGGACAGCUCUAUUGUGUGCCUCGAAAGCAGGGCAUUUUGAUAUAGUUCAAUUGUUAUUGGAUCAUGGUGCUGAUAUUGAACAUCGUGAUAUGGGUGGUUGGACUGCCUUAAUGUGGGCUGCUUAUCGUGGUCACACGGAAUUGGUGCGUUUCCUGUUGGACAAAGGAGCCGAUGUUAAUGUCCAUGGCAAUUAUCAUUUGGGCCCUCUAUUGUGGGCCGCCGGUCGUGGUUUUAAGGAUAUUGUGGAAAUGUUAGUUAGUCGUGGAGCUAAAGUUAAUGUGGGUGAUAAAUAUGGUACGACUGCCUUAGUGUGGGCUUGUCGCAAGGGCAAUGUGGAGAUUGUGGAUACUUUGUUGAAGGCUGGCGCCAAUGUAGAUACAGCUGGCAUGUAUUCUUGGACGCCUUUGUUGGUUGCCGUUACUGGUGGACACACCGAAUGUGUUAUAUCUCUGCUGGAAAAGAAACCCAAUGUCAAUGCCCUGGACAAAGAUGGCAUGACUGCUUUGUCUAUAGCUUCACGAGAAGGUUAUCAGGAAAUUGCUGCCGCCUUAAUUGCAGCUGGUGCUUAUAUUAAUAUACAAGAUCGUGCGGGCGAUACUCCUCUUAUACAUGCCGUUAAAGGUGGACAUCGUAGUGUGGUAGAGGCUUUGCUGAAAAAACAUGCCGAUGUUGAUAUUCAGGGCAAAGAUCGCAAAACGGCCAUUUAUACGGCCGUGGAAAAGGGUCACAAUCAAAUAGUGAAAAUUUUGUUACAAACUAAUCCUGAUCUCGAAGCGGCUACCAAAGAUGGCGAUACCGCCUUACUAAAAGCCGUACGCAAUCGCAAUUUGGAUAUAGUACAAAUGUUAUUAGAUCGUAAAGCUAAGGUUGGUGCUAGUGAUAAGAAAGGUGAUACUUGCCUACACAUUGCCAUGCGUGCUAGAUCGAAGGCGAUAGUGGAGGCUCUAUUAAGAAAUCCUAAAAACAGUCAAUUGUUAUAUAGACCCAAUAAAUCGGGCGAGACGCCUUAUGUUAUAGAUACCUCCCAUCAAAAGACAAUUUUGGGCCAAGUCUUUGGUUCGAGACGUUUAAAUACCAAUGAGGACUCUGAAGGUAUGCUGGGCUAUGAAUUGUAUUCUUCUGCCUUGGCCGAUGUCUUGAGUGAUCCCACUUUAACCACACCCAUAACUGUGGGCUUAUAUGCCAAAUGGGGUAGUGGCAAAUCUUUCCUGCUUAACAAACUUAAAGAUGAAAUGACUAACUUUGCCAGACAAUGGGCUGAGCCGCCUUUAAAAACGGGUGGCCUAUUAUUUUUGGUGUGUUUUCAUUUAGCUUUAAUACUGGGCACCAUUGUAGGUUUGGCUACUUGGUCAGCUCUAUGGGGCAGUGUGGCCGGUGUUAGUUUCUUAGUGUUUGCCUAUCUGCUCUUAGCCAUAAUACGUUAUUGCAAUUAUCAAAUGGACAUGUACUGGGCUUAUUCCAUAGAUCAUGGAAUACUCAAGCGCAUUGGACGUCUAAGACUGAUACUACAAGUAGCCUUUUGUCAUCCGCCCGGUGCUCAGGCCGACACACAAGCCAAACCAGUGCGUUUUCAUUUUGCUGAAGCCAGUAGUGCUUCGCCCACAGGAGAAGGUGCUGUUGCCCAUAUGCUAGCCUCGCUAUUUGAAGCCAUUGAAGGUCACUAUGGCUGGUUGUCGACUAGACUCUAUAGAGCCUUUCGUCCUAAGCCCUUAAAAGUUACCGCUGGUUGGCGCUGGCGUCGCAUGUGUUGUGUUCCUAUAGUGGUUAUCUUUGAGGUUGGUUUGCUGGCUUUAAUUGCUGGUCUUUCAUUGGUGGUGGCCUAUUUUGCUCAUGGCACUAAUGUCGAACGUGAUAAUGUCUUGGUGCCGAUUUAUGUUAUCAGUGCAGUGUUUAUUUGUAUUAUCUGUACAAAUCUUCAUGUGCUGGCGAAAGCAGUUGGUUCAUUGUUUGUGUCGCAGGGUCGCCAUCUUAAGCGUACGGUGCGUUCCAAUGAGGGUGCUCCACUGACGGCUUUGGGCGCUGAGGUGGCUUUAAUGACCGAUAUGGUGAAGUGCCUCGAUGCUUUCACCAGUCAACAGAGCCGUUUGGUAGGCGUUGUUGAUGCGUUAGACUCCUGUGAUACCGAAAAUUUAUCCGUUCUCAAUGCUAUACAAACUUUACUUUCAUCACCGAAUCGUCCGUUUGUUGUUCUCAUUGCCGUUGAUCCACAUGUUAUUGCUAAAGCUGCCGAGGCCAAUAGUCCGUCGACUCUUACUGAGGGCGGUAUUGGCGGUCAUGAUUUCCUAAGAAAUUUAAUAAAUCUUCCUGUAUAUUUGCAAAAUUCUGGUUUACGUAAAGUGCAAAGAGCACAAAUGACCGCUUUGCUGUUCAAACGUAAUUACGGCGAAUUACAGGGCGAUGAUGCACCCACAUUGGGUCAUUCGGUAUCGGCAAGACGUCUAUCAAAUGCUUCGGAAAUAAUGUCAAGUCAAGAGAAAUUAAGAGGACCUAUGGGUGCUGGUGGUCGUGGGGCUGGACCCGGUAAAAAAUUACGUUUAUCCGAAUCGGUGGCCAGUUCGAUUGGUUCGAAUCUACAUCGUUUGGGACAAAAUCCACAAGGUGUUAUAGAUAUGUCAAAGAUAAUGUUGACAGACGACUACUUUAGCGAUGUUAAUCCGCGCAGUAUGAGGCGGCUGAUGAAUGUUAUUUAUAUUACAGUGCGUUUAUUAAAAGCAUUCCAAAUUGAUUUUAGUUGGUAUCGUUUAAGUUCUUGGAUUAAUUUAACCGAACAAUGGCCAUUAAGAGCCAGUAUGAUUGUAUUGUAUCAUGAUCAAUUUAUGGAUCAAUUUGAUGAUAGUCUUUCCCUGCAAGCUGUAUAUGAAAAAGUACGUCCCAAGUUAGCUUGUUUGCGUGAAGCUGCUACUUUGUUAGAAUUAGAUCGUGAUGAACGUAAAUUAGAUGCCUUUCUACAAUUGCAUAAAUCUGAUCUUUUAGUGGCAGAUUUACGUAUAUUUCUUCCAUUUACCAUUAAUUUAGAUCCAUAUUUAAGAAAAGUAUUAAAAGAGGAUCAACAAUCGAUUGAAGAUGAAGGUUCAGUGGUUUUACAAAAUCGCCCUAGUGUUCAGCCAACAAUACGUUUGCCACCAACACCCACUACUUAUGUGCCUUCACCUCUGGGUCCUUAUCCACCAUAUCAGCUAUUGCAAAACGAAUACGCCAUGCAGGAAUUGAGACAACGUAAUUUGAGUUCUAGUACUGAACCGCCCAUGACUCCUUUACUAAGUUCACCUGUCGAUUCAUUUGGGGAUGAUAUUCUACAAACGAAACUUUCCGAUCUUACUGUGGAGGGUGUUAUAAGCUUACUAGAACGUGUUGAAGAUUUAAAACCAGCAUUAACCAAAUUAGCUCCCAUUUUAAGAGAAAAUUCUAUUAAUGGUCGUGUUUUGAAAUAUUGCGAACUGAAUGAUUUGAAGCAGGUUCUCAAUUUAAGUUUUGGCCACUGGGAACUCUUCCGUUUACUCAUCAAUACAAUGCGUGAUUGUGAAAAAGUCCAGCGUAAAUUUAAACCCACACCUGCUAUAGCUGAUGUACCAGCUAAUCCUGUGGUGCCCACAACGAAAGAUCAAAUUGAUUCACAUAAUCAGUCUCAUUCGCGGAAAAAUUCUACAACAUCCCAUAUGGAAAAACAGGUAACAUUAGAAGAACAAAUGAUAUGUGGUGCUUUACAGACGCUAAACGAGGAUGCAUUUGAAGAUGUGGCCAGCAGUGAGAGACCGAGUCCAUCCGGUUUGCCAACAGGUGAGAUGAUAGCUGCAGCCGCACAACUGCAUUUAGCACCCAUACGAGAAUCAUCGGAAUUCGGUUCACCAUCCGAUGAGCAAAAAUUCAAUAACAAUUUACUACCAUAUAGUUCGAACAACAACAACAAUAAUAAUAAUAAUAACAAUAACAAUAGCAAUAAUUUUAAUACAACUACACAGCAAAUGCAAAACAAACAGGCCACUAACGCUACCACCGUUAGCUACAAUCGAAGUGCCAGCUCCAAUUCAUUACAUAGUUUAAGUGGAAGUAUUUAUAUGGAUCAUGAAUUACAAGGACCACCUACGGUACUUUCAUCUACUCUAAUAAAUACUAAUCUAAUGCCACCAUCAUCACCCGUACAAACACGUAGAGAUUCGAUACUUAAACAGCAGGGUAGUGUUAAAACCGAAAAGCGAGUAUCGAUCAAACAUACGAACAGUAAUUCAAAGUUAUCGUCGUCAUCCAAUAUAGAAUAUGUAUCGGAAAAAUCGAAUGAUGCAGCGGCAACAAGCUCUUUAGGCAAUGGUAAAAAAAGACAAGGAAAACCACCAUCGGGUCCCCGUCCCGCCUCUUUGGUUAUAACUAAAAAUGAGGGUAAUUCACAAUUUAAAUUGGUGCGAUCAUCAUCGAUUGACUAUGAUGAUAUUGAAUCACAACAACAUACCGCCAACAUACAAAGACCAAUAAAUCGUACAACACUUUUGGAGCAAUUGCAGGAAGAUGAAUCGGCUCCAUUGGUAUUCACCGUACACAAGUGACAUUUCAUAUCAUAUCGUGUUGUGUGUUUUGUUUCUAAUAGUUGCGGCAUAUUUAUACGUAUAAUUUAAGACAAUUUUAUAUAGACAUAUAGUUUUAAAGAUAUCGGCUAAAAAGGGAAUCUACAUGUUGAUGAUUUAAUGGAGAAAAGGCAUAUUUCCUGGAGUCUUGUGUUUAUUAAAUAUAAUUUUUAAAUAUGGAAGAAAGGUCAAAGGAAAACAACCCAGGAAUGGAAAAUUCAGUACUAUUGUACUUUUAUCAAUCUAUGGACCAGUCUAUUGACCAACAUAUGUACAAGUUUAUGGUCUAUUCUAUGUACAUACUUGCUUAUGGACUGUACUGUGGUAUAUUCUAUGGAUUAAUCUGUUGACUACUACAUAGUCUAUUGGUAUAGUUAUUGAUUUAUCUAUAAACUAUUUGGACUAGAAUGUUGCCUAGUUUAUCGAUUGACUAAUAUGAUUACUCUAGUCUAUUGGUCUUUGGACUAGACUAUUGAACAGUCUAUAAACUAUUCCAUUGACUAGUCUAUGGACUUGACUAUUUACUAUUUAUGGACUAGUCUAUUUACUAGUUUACUGACUAGUCUUUGGAUUAAACUCUUGAUUAGAUUAUGAACUAUUCUAUGGAAAAGUCUCUGGACUAGUCUAUUGAUCAAUUUAUAGACUCUUCUACUGACUAGUCUAUGAAUUAGUCUAUGGUCUAUUCUAUUGAUUAUUCUAUGGACUUGUCUAUGGAU